AUGUUUGCGGACGGGGAAGCAGCGUGUCGCCCUUAUGGGGAGCAUGUAGAGUUCAAUAUGGCGCGUCGGGCACGUGUCUGCGCUGCGUGGUCACUCCGACGAACGGAUGAGGAGGACGCGGGUGCGUAUGGCUCGGAGGCGAGGCGGAAUGUUCGCUCGCGGCGGCCGGGCCGUCGGAGAUCGCGCCGCCUGCCUACUUGGGGCCUGCGCGAGGUGCCGCCGCCGCUCGGGCACGCCUCCCGGCGCCAUCCGACCCAGCGGAAUCCACCGUUGCCGAAGCACACUCCGAAGUGUGCACCAGAGCCCCCGGCGGCCGACGCGCCGCACGCUCACUUGCGCGAAAUCCGCUCAAUGCCCACCUACGGGUGCACGUCACACGGAGCUAAUAUUGUAAUGGACGGCCGCGGAUACAUCGCGCGGCCCCAAGCCGGCAAUGUAUCGCGGAGAAUGCGACUGUGGAAUGGGCCGCGUUCCCUGUGUCGCCUUUCUAUUGGGGCAUGGAAAAAACGUCUCGGCGUGCAGCGCGCGGCGCAGGAGAGUUGGCUAGAAUUCCGCGGCCGCAGAUUGACAGGCGCCAUCGGCGCGUCGGCGCGCCGACGUGCGGCCGCGGGCCGUAGGCCGCAAGCGGAGCGUCGCGCGGCGGGCGUAUUUUUUCGUCGCGGCUGCACCGGCGCGACUGCAGCGGGCGGUGGGCGGCGGGCGGCGGGCGGCGGGCGGCGGGCGGCCGGCGCUGGAAUGCAACAGGUAACCGAUUCCAGGAAGGCCGCGGCCCGUUACCGUGCCGAAUAUCUCCGGCAGUCAAACGCGCCGACAAGUGCGGCGGCCACUUGCGACAACAGCGAUGCGCCGCCCGCCCGCGCUCCCCCGCCCCUCCGUCCCGCGCCCCGCUGCAUUCCAAGCGACAUUGACUUAGAAACCAGUCGGACGGUCUCGCCGCAUUCUACCCGCACCAGCCGUGCCCUCUGCAUCCUCGGU